AGGAGAAUGGCGUCGAUUCAUGUGGCAGUGUUGAACACCUCAUUCUUCUGGAAACAGCCAGUCCUGAAGGCAUUCCCGAACGCUAACGCCAUGUUUGGUGUGAAAGGAGGAAGUGAGGGUCGUGUGAGUGCCAUGGCCAGUUACAAGGUGAAGCUGAUCACACCAGAAGGAGACAAAGAAUUUGAAUGCCCAGAUGAUGCUUACAUUCUUGACCAUGCUGAGGAAAUAGGCAUUGAUCUUCCUCACUCGUGCAGGGCUGGUGCUUGUUCUAGCUGUGCUGGCAAAGUUGUGGCUGGCCAAGUGGACCAGACAGAUGGUAGUUUCCUUGAUGAAACUCAAGAGAGUGAAGGCUUUGUUCUCACCUGCAUCGCUUACCCCACUUCAGAUGUUGUUAUUCUCACUCACAAGGAGGAGGAACUCACUGCCACUGCUUGACUCAUUCAGUUUCUUCCUUUCUUUUCUGUCUUGUUCCAUUUU